AUGAGUGCCAAUAACAGUGAAGAAAAAUAUGACGCAUCGAAGAAAAAGAUGGCUUUCGUUGAAAGAGAUCUUUAUUUAAAACCAUUGCUCAGGCUGAAGCAACAGGAGGAUAUCUUGGAGAAAGGACUUAUUGCUGCGAUUGAAAACAUUAAAUUAGAUUCGAAUUUAUGGCGGGAGGUUGUUCACGAGUACAAAGAAAUAACAAUGAAAAGGCAGAAUUUGUUUAACGCUAUGUAUAAAAAUAUGGAAAAUAUCUCUACGGAAAUGGAGUCUGUGAAGCACAUCGCGAGACAUCCGGAAGAAAUACAAAACCUAGAUAUAAAUACGUACAAACUAAAAUUGAUCAAACUUUCGCAAAAAAUGCAGGAUUUGAAGAAAUCUUGCUGCAUCGAGCCUCUAAUGCAGGAACAGGCAGUUCUCGAGGCUGAAUUACGCGAAUUUCAGCCGAGUAUUCAAAAAUACGAGAAUCUACAGAAGAACGUAACAUCUUCGGGCUCGAACAAAAUGGAGACUAAAAAAGAGACUCAAGAUUACAAGGACGUUCAUGAUUUCCAUGCACUGGUUGCACUAACCGGGCAUACCGGAAACUGGAGCAUGGAGGAUCAUCUAUUUUUUCUAAAAAUGCGAAAGAAAUGCGAGAACGUUCCAGCUCUGGUAGCUGCUAUCCAAAAGAAAUAUCCGGAUUUGUCCGUGGAAAGUAUAGUGAACCACGAAUCAUGGUACAAACAGUACGAAAAUUUGCGGGAGAAGCAGAGGGCAGCGGUGACGGAAUGGCGGAAGCGGAAGGAGCGAGAGAAAAUGAGGAACAUCGAGCAACUUGAGAAAAGUAUGAAUCUUCGCGAAUCGGAGGAUGUUUCGAACGAAAUGGAUAAAAGAAAAAGGAUGAUCGUUUCGAGAAAAGUGAAAAGCUGCCCGGUGGAGACGAAAAGAACAAACGAAAGCGCUGGUUCAAACACAGCCGAGAAGAAGGAGUUGAUUAGAAAAUGGAGGAUGGAGAAGGAGAGCAAACGCUCGAUGGACGAGGAACAAUUAAGGAUGCAGGCCAAACUAAAACGAGAAAUAGAAGGGAAUAAAAGACAGAAACGUCGAGAGAAGAUCCAGGAAGCUUUGGAGGAGUAUAGAAGGAAGAAAUCUUUUGAAGGUGCAUCGAAAGAGUUAAAUGAACGCUGGAAAGAAAAGUACAAAUUCGAUGCAACGUUAAUUAAAGAAUUCAGGAAACAGGAUGAAGAAUACACGAAGAAAAGAAGAGAUCUGAUCGAGCGUUCAAAAAAACCUAGCAAAAGCGAGACAAUUGGUAUAAAGAAAAUGGAACUUGUGGAUGCAAGAACUUAUUCCACAUUUUUAGAAAGUACGAAAGUUUGGAGGGAAAAAUGUAAGGCUACAAGCUGGACGAAUCACUCGGAUGAUACUCGUUACAUCAAAGAUAUCCCAAGGAUAUGUAUCCGAUGGAGGAACGAAGAGUCGGAGGAUUUAAAUAUCUAACACGUGUUAGCUCACAGAUUGAAGAACAUCAAAGUAAAAUUACAACAUAUAAUUAAUAUUAUAAUUCAUCUGGUAACUAAUGCGACUCUGAAAAAAUAUUCAAAGAAGGAUUAUGCAACUG